ACCAAGCUAGGUGUUAUAGGGGAAGUAAAAACUGACCCACGUUCUUUAAAGAUUCACUCCUGCCUUUGAAACUUGGCAACAGAUCUGUUUUUUAUCAGAAGCAGAAUCGGCCAGUUUGCCCUUAAAGACACAGUCCUUAUCUCUACCUCACAGCAACAUGAAAACUGUGGAACUCUAUGUUUGUCUCUUUGUGUGGUUUCAACCAGCUCAUAGUUCAACAGACAUGCUGGUUGACUUGGGACAAAAUGUGUCCUUAAACUGUGACCUUCUGGCUGUAAAAGAGAUUUACUGGUUCUUACAGCAGUAUCCAAGUCCACCGAAACCCAUCUUACGGUCAUUUUAUAGAAACUCAAGUCCCUAUUUCUACAAUCACUCUUUCAAAGUGAAGUACUCCUUACAGGAAAAGCUUCAGUUGGCCAUUCAGAAUAUAACAAAGAAUGAAUUGGGAAUAUUCUACUGUGUGGAAACAGGUGAUCUAAUGUUCAGAAAGGGCAUCAGGCUGUACAUCAUGGAACCAACCAAUCCCCCACCUCACUCAACACAACAGACGCACCAAUGGACACGUCAUGAGACGCCAUUGCUGGUCAUCAUGUCUGCUAUGUCGUGCUGCAUUCUCCUGGCUGUGGCCAUCGGAUUAAUGCAAGUUUGUAACCACAGAAAAAGACAUCCUGGAGAUUCUGAGUAUCAGUACACAAUGAUAAUACGGACGGAAGCUCUGAGCAGCCACAGGAGCAGCGCUUUAACCUCAGUGGAGUUUACCCAGCUCAGCCCUCCGCUGUAGAUGCACUCCACACACCUCUCACCCACUUCUUUUGUCUAUGCUUACAUGCAGUUUUUUUCUGCCUCUGGAAUGUGGUUAGUUUAUGUUUAGUUUCCACCGCGCAACCAGACUGAAAUACAUUACACAAAACUUUUAUAAUAAAUUUUCCUCUUGCAGUAAAAUUCCCACAAAUGUCCCCUUAGCCGAGGUCUAGGUGGUCAGCCACCACAUUUGGUGUCCAAAUUUAAUUUAUACGUUUAUAAAGAGGUAAAACCUCUAGACGUCAACAGUCAUCCAGAUCUUUCCAUUAAAUAGUUUUUCUCCUCAUCCAGGUCAUGAAGACUUGUCAAUGUUAGGCCUUACUGUAUACAUUUAAAAUGAAACUGCUAAAAAACUUGUUUUUA